AUGGAUUUCCUACAUAGGAACGGAGAGCUUAUUAUUCAACAUUUGCAGAAAGACUACCGCGCUUACUACAAUUUUCUAAAUUUUAUGUCCAGUGUUGGAGACCCACGGAAUAUCUUUUCUAUCUAUUUUCCACUUUGGUUUCAAAUUAAUCAGACCGUUGGAACCAGGAUGAUAUGGAUAGCAGUCACUGGGGAUUGGUUCAAUCUUAUAUUUAAGUGGAUAUUAUUUGGUCAUCGUCCUUACUGGUGGAUCCAAGAAACUCAGACUUACCCAAAUAACUCAAGCGCAUGUCUUGAACAGUUCCCCACCACAUGUGAAAUGGGCCCAGGAAGUCCAUCUGGUCAUGCAAUGGGCUUGUCCUGUCUCUGGUAUGUCAUGGUAACAGCUGCCCUGAGCCACACUGUCAAUCGUAUGGAUAAGUUCUCUAUCACUCUGCACAGACUGACCUGGUCCUUUCUUUGGAGUCUUUUUUGGCUGAUUCAAAUCAGUGUGUGCAUCUCCAGGGUAUUCAUAGCGACACAUUUUCCUCAUCAAGUCAUUCUUGGAGUGAUUGGUGGGAUGCUGGUGGCAGAGGCCUUUGAACACGCUCCAGGAAUCCACACUGCCAGCCUGAGUCUGUACCUGAAGAUCAACCUCUUCCUCUUCCUGUUUGCACUUGGCUUUUACCUGCUUUUCAGACUGCUUGACAUUGACCUACUGUGGUCUAUGCCCAUAGCCAAAAAAUGAUGUGCCAACCCUGACUGGAUCCACAUUGACACCACACCUUUUGCUGGGCUUGUGAGAAACCUCGGGGUCCUCUUUGGCUUGGGUUUUGCAAUCAACUCAGAAAUGUUUCUUAUGAGCUGCGGAGGAGAAAACUGCUACAAGCUGAGCUUCCAGUUGCUCUGUGCCAUGACCUCGUUGACCGCAUUGCAGCUUUACCACUUCAUUAAGAUCCCAACUCACACAGAGCAUUUAUUUUAUGUGUUGUCUUUCUGUAAAAGUGCAUCGAUCCCAUUGACUGUGGUGGCUCUCAUUCCCUACUGUAUACAUAUUUUAAUGAAACCCAGUGAGAAGAAGAUUAAAUAG